AACAACAGUCCAAAGUGACCAAAGCAAAACUCAAGAGUUCCAGCGAGCCGCCCUGGAAAAGCAAAAGAGGAAGUUGAAGACGUUGGAUUAACCCACCGAGGGUCUGUUUUUGAGGAGGAGAGGAGUUUGGUUCUGGUGGGGGGGUCGCCAUGAAAAACCUGGAUCUGUUCCUGCUGGCGUGUUGCUUAUGCAGCCUGAGCACAUUGGGAGGUGCUGAUGAAACAGAGCAGGCUCUGAUGAAGACCGUCUUUACCGGCUACAACCUGAAGGUCCGGCCGGCUCGCAGCCCUGAAGAGAGGGUGGUGGUUCGUGUGGGCAUGGUCCUCUCCUCCUUCGUUGGACUGAAUAUGAAAAAUGAAGAAAUGAGCACAGUUGUUGUCUUGAAUCUGGAAUGGACGGAUCAUCGGUUGUCGUGGAAACCAAAGCAGCACGAUGGGAUUGAGGUGUUGCGUGUCCCCGCUGGGAAAGUUUGGCUCCCUGACAUCGUCCUCAUCAAUAAUAAUGAUGGGGUGUUUGAUGUGGCCCUUCAUGUCCACGUUCAAGUUUAUAGCAACGGCAGGGUAACCUGGACCCCCCCUGCUCUCUACUGCAGCUCCUGUGGAGUCAAGGUAACAUAUUUCCCGUUCGACUGGCAGAACUGCACCAUGCAGUUCCGUUCCUACACAUACGACUCGACGGAGAUCGAGCUGCAGUACGCGCUGGACUCCAGAGGCAACGAGAUCCGGGAGAUCCAAUUGGACGAGGCCUUCAGCGAGAGCGGCGAGUGGUACAUCAGGCAUAAGCCAAGCAGGAAGAACAUGAACGACGACCUGUACGAGGACGUGACCUUCUACCUGAUCAUCGAGAGGAAGCCGCUGUACUACGUGCUCAACAUCAUCCUGCCCUGCAUCCUCAUCACCAUCAUCGCCAUCUUUAACUUCUACCUGCCUCCUGAUGCGGGUGAGAAGAUGGGUCUGUCGAUCAACGUGCUGCUCACCCUCACCGUGUUCCUCUUGCUGCUGGCCGAUAAGAUCCCCGAGACCUCGCUGGGCGUCCCCAUCAUCGUCAACUACAUCAUGUUCACCAUGAUCCUCGUCACGUUCUCCGUCAUCCUCAGCGUGGUCGUGCUCAACCUCCACCACCGCUCGCCCAACACCCACAUGAUGCCCAUGUGGGUCCGCAUGAUCUUCAUCCACCUGUUGCCUCCUUACCUGGGCAUGCUGCGGCCAAAAGUGGAGACGCCCCUGUCCCUGGAGACUGUGCCCCGCCGGGAGAAAAAGAUCAUCACCAUCAGCAAAGCAGCUGAUGAGUAUUUCAUACGCAAACCCGACACUUCCAUCUUGUUCCCCAAACCCAACAGGUUCCAGCCAGAGGGCAUGUGCACAGAUCUGAGGAAGUUCAUCGACGGUCCCAGUAGCUACCUCACGCUACCUGACGAGCUCAAGACCGCCAUAGACGCCAUCACGUACAUCGCCGAGGCUCUGCAGGCCGAGAAGGACUACGAAGCUCUGAAAGAGGACUGGCAGUAUGUCGCCAUGGUUGUGGACCGCAUGUUCCUCUGGAUCUUCGUCGUCUUCACCACUGUGGGCACCUUGGCCAUCUUCGCCGAUGCCAGUUUCAACCACACGCCCACUGACCCGUUCAAAUCCCCCUGAAGCACUGGAAGGGUUUCUUGUACCACCCUAGAAAUGGGGAAGUGCAUGUUGAGAAGGCAACGGACUGCCCUGCCAGAAUACUUGGCGUCAAACUAUAAUUUCCAAUGCAACACUUCAAUUUGUGCCUAUAUGAAACGCCUUUGUAAACCUUAUAAUGCGUAUGUCCCAUGUAACCAGGCCAUCUGAGCUGCAACCACAUCAGCUUUGUCAAACCAGGUUCAUUUUACUGUGUUAUUGUACCUUCUCUUAGAGGAAGUGGACUUUGCAUAGAUUUAAAAUAACUUGUUGCAUGUUAUAUAGCGAUCGAGCUAAUGUUGACAUACCUUACAAGUGUAUAUAUAUGAUUGAAUAUAAGUUACUGGUGUGUUUUUAGCAUACUAGCUUCAUUAGGACUCUAAGUCUGAAGUGUGGAUCCAACACAUAAACACCGAGACAAACCAGAUGCUAUAAUGA